AACCAGAAGAAGAAUUAAGGAAGAGGUAUUGGAAAUGGUGGUUUUCUGUUAGUUUCAGCCUUUCAGGUGCUUCUCUUUCUCGUAAAAUUUUCAUCAGAACACUUUAUAAGGUCUUUACAUAGUAACUGAAGGUCUUAGUUGGUUAUCUCACGCAGGAUCUGUGUAGAUUUUACUUUGAAUGCAUAUUAUUCUUCUGACAAAAUGGUGGAACUGGAAGUUGAAACCAAUGGGCUACUGGAAGAAGCUAAUUUUGAAGUUGGGGAUGAUGUUGAUGGUGCUGCUUUUGAGAAUGAAAGAUGUGGGAUUUGCAUGGAUAUCAUUAUUGACAGAGGAGUUCUUGACUGCUGCCAGCAUUGGUUCUGUUUUGCAUGCAUUGACAAUUGGGCUACCGUUACAAAUAUCUGUCCACUUUGCCAGAGGGAAUUUCAACUAAUCACAUGCAUCCCAGUUUAUGAUACAAUUGGAAGCCGAAAAGCUGAUGAGGACUCAUUUCCCAGAGAUGAUGAUUGGUGCAUUCAAGGAAAUUGCAACACUCUUUCUUUUCCAUCAUAUUACAUUGAUGAAAAUGCAGUAAUCUGUCUGGAUGGGGAUGGCUGCAAGAUACGAAAUGGACUGGUAGCCGUUGAAGAAAAUUUGAAUCUUGAUACAUCAAUUGCUUGUGAUUCAUGUGAUUUAUGGUAUCAUGCUUAUUGUGUAGGAUUUGUUCCUGAAAGUUCAACAAAUAAUUCGUGGUUGUGUCCAAGGUGUAUAACUGAUGAAGUGCCACCAGAGUCUGAUUGGAUUUCAGCACAAAGACAAGGGAACCAAUUUGGUCCUGAAACUUCUGGUCAUGAAUCUUCAAUUGAUGUUGGUUUUUCAGGAAAAGUGUCAGUAUCUGUUGCUGAUGCGGGGGAGACUGCUGUCGUUGUCUCAUUGGUUGAAAGAGUGCAGUGGACUCAAGAAUCAAGUGACAAUCUUUUUGCAGUAACAGAAGUUGUCAUGGACCCAGAGAAAGAGACAUUUCUAUCCAAUUCCAAUGCCACUAGCUCCAUGAUGGAAACACAAUUGAAGGAAACCACUAAAACAAAACCAAACAUUGGGGCACAGGAAUUAUCAUUAGGAUUGUCCUCAUCACAGGAUACAUCCUUGACUCAUAGCGCAUUGGUGACAAAAAGUUAUGAUAAAGCAAUUUUUGAGCCAAAUGGUUCUGAUGGAUGUAUUGUUCCUUUCAAACCUUCCAUUCAACCCUGCAUUGCGAGUGCUCCAUCUGAAAGUGAAUCCAGUGUUGUUCUUCAUCUUGACCCAUCUGUCAGAUCUUUGUCAGUUGAGAGCGAGAUUGAUGAUGCAACAGAAAAUCAAGUUGCCAGAAAUAUGCAGCAGUACAAUUCAGCAGAACCUUCUUCAUCAGUUGGCAGGAUGGACCGUCAUGCUAAUGCGGAUGUUGUUGGACUUGCGGGUGUAAAGAGAAAGUCCAUGAUCUCCAUGAAUUCUGUUGAAAAGUACAAUUGUACUGAAAACGAGGAUGGAGAAGCUAGAGCUAAAAAGGUUACCAAGCUUUCUUCAAAGAAAGCCCUACCCGAGGAAAAACCUCGACCGACUACCCAGAAGUGCCAAGUUCAAGAUUCUGCUCUCAAAGAUUUCCAAAAAAGCUCCAGACUUCUAGCAAUUUCGGAAAAUGAUAAGUUGCUAGGUGAUCAAGAAAGGGAAACUGAAACUUCAGAUAUCAUGAGCAUAGUUAGGGGGACAGAUCGGAAAUCUUCUGAAGGGCAUCAAUGCCCAAAAGCUACUGAUAAAUCCACUAGAGAUAAAGAUAAUGCUGCUGGAUUGAGAGUGAAGAAGAUCAUGCGAAGAGCCACAGAAGACAAGGAGUCAUCAGUGCAAGUUCAGAAACUGCGGGAAGAAAUUAGAGAAGCAGUUCAUAACAAGUCCUCAAAAGAUCUUGGUAAAAAUAUCUUUGAUCCAAAGCUUCUGUCUGCAUUCAGGGCUGCAAUAGCGGGACCCAGAACUGAACCAGUUCAAAAGUCGAGUCCUUCAAUUGUGAGGUUGAAGAGGUCAAUAGUCCCGAAAGGGAAGAUACGUGAGAAUUUAACAAAGAAAAUAUAUGGAACAGCCAGUGGAAGACGACGACGUGCAUGGGACAGAGAUUGGGAAAUUGAGUUUUGGAAGCAUCGGUGCAUGAGAACUUCAAAGCCUGAGAAAGUUGAGACUCUGAAGUUGGUUCUUGACCUUUUAAAUAAGGGCUCAGGGAUGGAGCAAGAGUCUGAAAUGGAUAUGGAAAACCCCAUUCUUUCCAGGUUGUAUUUAGCUGAUGCAUCUGUCUUCCCACGGAAGGAUGAUAUCAAGCCUCUCUCAGUUCUUACAGGUGUUGGUGACCAGAAAAAGAAUGAUGAAUGCAAAAUAGUGGAAAAAGUUUCUAUACCAAUUGAUAAUCAUAUGGUCCAGUCUGCUACAGAGUCAACAAGUAAAGAUUCAACAGAGAUGAGCAAUCCUUCCUUCGAUAAUAAAGGGAAAAAGAGUUGUGCUCCAAGCUUAAAGGGUGAAGCUACUUGUCGGAAUGUGAAUCCAUAUGAUUCCACAAACAGGGCAAACUCCAUUUCUUUAUCAAGUAGUUCCAAAAUAAAAUCCCAAUCUAAGAAGGAAAUGGCUGGUAAAUCUAAUGAUGUGAAGAUAGAUAAAAGGAAAUGGGCACUGGAAGUUCUUGCAAGAAAGACUGCUAGGGAAAACAAGAAUGAAAAUCAAGGGAAACAGGAGAACAUUGGAGUGCUCAAAGGAAAUUAUCCUUUAUUAGCUCAAUUACCAUCGGAUAUGAGACCAAUAUUGGCACCGAGUCGCCAUAAUAAGGUCCCUACUUCAGUUAGGCAGGUACAACUUUAUCGUCUGACAGAGCAUUUUUUGAAGAAAGAAAAUCUGCCUGUCAUCUGCAGAACUGCUGCAACAGAGUUGGCUGUUGCAGAUGCUGUUAACAUUGAAAGGGAGGUUGCUGAUAGGUCAAACAGCAAACUAGUGUAUGUAAAUCUAUGUUCUCAGGUGCUAUCACAGCAUGCAAAGAACAAGAAGGAUAGUGGAGUUGAAGAGUCAAAAUCUUCUCCUCCAUCAGAAGACACUACUGGAACUACAGAACCUACAUUUGAAGACACUCUGUCUGAUCCCACAGUAGAAGAUGCAUUGAGAAUGGCAGGGCUUAUAUCAGAUUCCCCACCAAACAGUCCAAGUUGCGUGACAAAGAACCUUGAUGAUAAUGACCCUACAGAAACGGUCAUAGAGGAAGGAGGACCUGAGAGUGUGUUUGACAUGGAUUCUCAUCCAGAAUUGGAUAUAUAUGGAGAUUUUGAGUACGAUUUGGAUGAUGAAGAUUAUAUUGGUACUGGUGCUUUGAGGGCAUCCAAAUUACAACCAGAACCAAGUGACUUGAAAAUGAAGGUGAUCUUCUCUACUCUUAAUAUCGAAAAGACUAAAAAUGAUCAAGAUUCUAAAGAUAAUGGGAGGUUACAGACUGUUGAGGUCCCAAUGGACUCCUCUUGUAUUCUGAAAUGUGAAAAAAAUGGAGGCUUCGGAAUCUCAACCUUGGAGGUCAAGGAAAAUGCACCAUGUCUUCCUCCUGAAACGUUGCAAGAUGAAGGAAAUGAGGAGCCUUCUUUGGCGGAAUGUGAAGAAUUAUAUGGCCCCGACAAAGAACCACUGGAAAAAAGAUUUCCACAGAUAGCAUCAAGAAAGCCAGAUAAAAUGAUUGGAGAUGGGACCUCAACUGAGAAAAUAGCUUUUCCAGAGAAUGAGAGUUGCAAACCAAGUAUAGUAGCUAGGUCAUCCAAUGUUGUAACAGAUAGCUGCACAGGCAGAUUUGUUGCAGAUCAAGAUUCUUUUGGUGGGGAAAAUUCUCCGAAUCUUUCUUCAACGAGUCAAAAUUUUCAAAGGAAGGAGUUGGAAUGCAAUGACAAGCAAUCUGGCCUCAGCCAUUCUAUAUCUAAGAAGGUAGAAGCCUACAUUAAAGAGCACAUCAGGCCACUGUGCAAGAGUGGUGUGAUCACAGUUGAACAGUACCGAUGGGCUGUAGGUAAAACUACAGAGAAGGUUAUGAAACACCAUUCAAAAGCAAAGAAUGCAAAUUUCAUCAUAAAAGAAGGCGAGAAAGUAAAGAAACUUGCAGAGCAAUAUGUUGAGGCAGCACAGCAGAAAGGAAGAAUGGAAAUAGCUCCUAAUUUAAAGACUACUAUUUAACCUCAGUUCUUCAGGUUCUUUCGUCAUUUUCCCGUCCCCUGUUGUUUCACAGUGAAGAAAUGAGGUUAACAUCCAACCCAUGGUUUGGUCUGAAAUAAAAAAUACAAAUAAGUCUUAGAUAGGGCAAACCAAAUUUCACAAAAAAAAUUCAGGGUUGGAUGUAUCCUACUUGGACGUGUAUGUACAUUACUGUACAGUGCUAGUGCUUCCUAACAUUUAUUGAGUUGGUUCACCAAACAGAGGACAGAGUUUUGAUCCUGCUAUGAUUUCUUGGGGUACAUUAAAACCU